AAUCAAGAUUCGAUUAUAGUGAAACGUAAACAAGCAAAAAAGGAAGUUGCAUGAAGUUGUGCAAUGAAUUUCUGGGUUUAGGCAGUUAACUUAUUGUGACGGCGAAUCGGCACUUCUGUUCCAGCCUAGUUGUGCUGCAAUCAGACAACCAUGAAGUCACCGUCUGCGUCCAAAUCUGCUGAAGAAAGUACGCCAACAGGACCCACCAGGUCCGGCCAGCUAGACAGCACCCUCUGUGACGAACUAGAGAAAAUUGUUGAAGAGAUGACGCAUUCUGGACGUCCCAGUCUUGAAGAGAAACCAUUGAAACAAUUCAAGCGAAUCUGCAGGACCUCAGACGCUUACAUCGAGCAUGCCUUCAACUUGCUGUCUAGCCAACUGGCUGAGGAUCAUGCCGAAAUCCGUCUCUCCUCGUUCCAGAUCAUGAAUGAGCUCUUCAAUCGCUCACAUCGCUUCCGAGAACUUCUCGUUGCAGACAUGCAGGAGUUUCUGGAGUUAACUGUGGGCACGACUAGCGACAUGCCCCUCCCACCGCCUCGUGCUGCUGCCAAGCUACUCAAGGAGCAAGCACUGAAGGCAAUUCAAGAAUGGAACGCCAAGUACGGAAAGGCUUACAAGAAACUAGCCCUGGGAUACGGCUUUCUGAAGUACAAUAAAAUGGUUGAUUUUGCUAAUCUCGAAGCAAGCUCUGCAGCGGAGCGUCGUGCCCAAGCAGACAGGCAGGCCAAACUCCAGCUAGCUCAGGCGCAGAGGAUAAGCAAAACGCUCAAUGAUAUGGAUGAAAUCAUUCCUGAAAUCAACGAAUGCCUGACACAGAUUGACAACUGCUUUGAGCUUCUGCUACCACACCCGUCCCGCUAUAGUGUGACAGCACCCCCUCCCGAGCAAAUGGAAUCAACUUCAACAGCUGCAUUAUCGACUGCACAGAAGGAACAGACCAUUCAUGCCAAGAGGGUCACAAAUAAAACCAGCCCAGCCGGAAAGAUGGAUUUGAAUCAAGUUGAUAAUUCUGAUAAAACCUCAGAACGAAAUGGCGAGAGUGAAGAUGUAUCGGGCAAUGGUGAAGAUUGCAGCAAUGACCACUCGCAUUCAGUGGAGGAGAGUGGAGAACACACAAACCCAGUGCAUGAUGGGAAGGACGAUGACCUUCUCCAACAGCACGGCUUGCCGUCUUGGAAUUUCAACAUUGAUAUCAAUGUGAAUACAGAUGGUGUAACAUUGGAAGAGGAUGAAGAUAACGAAGCCAUCUUGGUCACGCUAGAAGACAUGAGUCGUCUUAUUGAGUCUUCCUAUCUCCCCCGUCUUGCUGCAUGGAUGGAGGUUUUCACCAAAAGCGGUAAACACGAGGACAAGCUCAAACGAUGCAUGGAUCUCAAGCAGGCUCUCAAGAGCGCAGCGGCCAAGUACGCUGAACUCAAUGUCCACCCUCAGGUGACUGCAAAGCAACGAAGGCGGUCCACAGCGGAGAACGAUGGGGGCGGGGAUUCUGACAGCGAAGGGGAGGGGUUUGAAGAGGUCCCAGAGAAGGAAGGGUUUGAACCUGUCAUCCCUGAGCAUCUCAGGGAAGAGUAUGGAUUGGACCCUUUACCAAGUGCCAACAAAGAUUCAGCGACGACGUCAUCAACGCAAGACAAGCAGAGAACCAACCCCAACUCAAAAUCAUCAAACGCCAAGAGUAAAAACGUCGACACAAGCGUCACUGCACCAGCCGAAGGUCUGGUAACCUGGCACCCAUUACGUGAAGCCCAGCAUACCGUAGCUGAUCCAGCCUCCCAGGCUGGUACCCUUCUCGUGAUGAAGGAGAGAUUACGGGCGAUUAGGGAUCGACACACUGAGCUGAAGAGGAAAUCGGAAGAAAAGGACACAAGUGUUGAGAAGCGUCAACGACAGGAGUUGUUAGCCAAAGCUCCUUACGUUCCAUUCGGUGUGGACCUGGAACACUGGACCAACCCAGAGAAGAUUGAAGCUCCUACGGUUGUAAUAGCUGACACGGCACAGUGUGUGUGGAGUUCAUCAGCACCAGAUGAGGUCAAAGUCAUGGAGGCAGCGAAGGAUAGCCUGACUACCCGAGUCUUCAACUUUGCCGGAGAGUUUGAGCCAGUUAAAUGGACCUGCCGAGCCCCAAUGCCUUCUGGGAAGCUUUGUCAGAGGAUGGAUAGAUUGAAGUGUCCGUUCCAUGGGAAAAUUAUUCCGAGGGACGAGCAAGGGAAUCCACAGACUGUAGAAGAUGAGACCAAGAUGCAGCUGACUAAGGAGCAAGUAAAACAAGCUGAAUCUCUCCUCGCUGACACGGAGCUGCAACGAGACAUAGAGGGCGGGCUAGGACUGGAUCUGGGAUCGACAUCAAGCGGCAAAGGGAAAGGGAAAGGAAAAGCCAAGAAAUACCCCAACUUGACGGACUUGAAGAAAAGAUCCAACACCUCCAUCAGUAGAUUGGAAAAGAGGGUGCUCAACAAGGGUGCUCUUCGAAGGGUCGCUAACGCCAUGAAUAAGCUGGAAAACCGCCGUUUUCAUGACAAGUAUGCAAAUAACUUCAACUACAGGUAGUCCACCCUAACUCCUGGAACUGGUAGCUGGAACGGAUGACAGAUAAACACGCAACAAGCGAGACUGGAAAUAUCUGUCUGCGACCCGCUCACAGUGAGCGAGGCCGGAAAUAUCAGGGUGUGCUACCCACAGAUGAUGGCCUGUACCUGGGUACGGUCAAUGUCAAAUAAUCCUGGUGUGAACUGGUUAAAAUGUACUGACCACUCUGAAAUCGUUUUGUUUUUCAAAUUGCUAUUUUUGUAGCAAUACAAAGCUAUUCAUUUAUGAAUGAAACAUCAAAUCGACUGAAAUUGAACCAUAUUAAUAUGGACUAAUUUUAAUUGCGAUGAACACUUUAUAAAUUUCGCAUUAUUUGCGGUCGGACAAUAAUUCAGUUCUUGCCUCCCUAUCAGAAUGGAUGAUGUAGGGACUUGGAACGAGUCUACUUCCAAGGUGGGUAUGUUUGUGAGCAAUUAUAGCGCACCCCUACAAAAUGUCCUUUUCAGAAUGGUGCAGACAUUAAAAAUAGAAUAAAAAUUGAUUUGUUCUUUAUAAAAUGAAACCACAAGUUAUAAAAUUGUUAGGGGGAAAAAAGAGAGGAAAAAGUAUGUUUUUUUAAAGCACAAUCUGUCUACAAUCUGUCUAUUUUUCAAAUGUAGUCUUAAAAUAAUAAUAUUUAUAAUAAUGUGUUGCUUGUAGCGCUUUAUACCAAAGGUCUCAAAGCGCUUCGCAUUUAGCCUUGAGGGUUUGCACGAUGGAGCCUCACGAUACAAGAAUCCAAGUGAAAAAACAUUUGCUUUGAGAUUCCGAGUCAAUGUUUUCAAUGCCAUGUCAUAUCAGGAAAUCACGCUAGGAGCUACUUCUAGAGAAUAAAUGGAAAAAAAGUUACUGAGAGUUUUUUACCUCACAGACUCAUUAAGUUUAUAAAUUCGGUACUCACUGUAAUUAUGUUUAAGAAACUUGCCAUGUGAUCUGUAGCCUGUGGAUUUAUUUUAUCAGACCCGACUUCAGACAUGAAUGUUGUCCCUUAAACGAAAUGCAUUAAGGCCAAUUUUUGCUUGAAAGGUAAUGUGUAAUGUUGGGCAAUGAAGUAAAGGAAUACAUGUACAUUUUACCGUACCAGAUUUUCCCCGCAGGCGGCUGCACUUGUAUUAGUUGGGUAGUUGAAGGGAAAGGGUAAUUUUACUUGUGAAUGAAAGUUUAAUAUCAAUGUAUGUGUACAUUUGUAUUAGUUGAGUGGUGUAUUUUAUAUGAGUAGUACUCUCAUAUUGUUUGGCAUUUAUAAUCCACUUUUGAUGAAGUUCCUAAAUUUUACCUUGGUUGCAAAGGAACCUGACUUCGAACAUUGUAUCAUUCAUAUUAAGUUUCAUUUCCUGUAAAUCUAAAUGAAAUAAUUCACGACAUAGGAAAUAAAGCAAGUCAACAACA